AUGGACAUACUGAUGGUGAUAUUGGCGCUUGCGUCCGUCUUUAGUGCGUUGGCGCAGCAAAGUGGCAAUCUCUUGGACACCGUCGGUAUGUUCCGGAAACUGAUGCACGAAAGCCGAAAGCCUUUAUCCGGUAACAUAAUAAUUCGUUACCCGCCGAAGAAACGCAAUCCACGAAUGCAGAAACACUACUCGGGUGCAAAACCGUUUAUGUGUGCGAAUUCAACAGCAUUUGGUAGAUCACCCAGUCGUCCAAAAUCAGUUCAUGAAUUACGACCUGGUGAUAUUGACGUGAUUGCAGCGAUGGGCGAUUCUUUGAUAGCUGGAAACGGAGCAAUGGAAGAAUGGGCAUUUGGUACUAUGAUAGAAUAUCGUGGAAUAUCAUGGUGCGUAGGAGGUGAAGGUACAUGGCGUGAAUACCUCACCCUUCCAAAUAUUCUCAAAGAAUAUAAUCCUAACCUAAAAGGAUAUUCAACCGGAACCGGUGAAUUUCUCUCGGAACACGCGCAGUUAAACGUAGCAUUUCCGGUGUCAGCCGAUGCGGACGCACUGAGACAAGCUAAGAUUUUAGUCAAAAAGAUGAAACAACAAGGUGUUGAUAUACAGAAUGAUUGGAAAAUGAUUACGAUAUUUUUUGGUGCUAAUGAUUUAUGCUCAGCGCAAUGUUUUGAUAAAGAAGCAGCUUCACCACGACAACAUGCAAGGAAAUUAAUGUUAGCUUUGGAUUAUCUACAGAGUAAACUACCAAGGACAUAUAUUAAUUUAAUACCAGUCAUAGAUGCAACUGUAAGCGUCCGAAUAAAACGUUCAAUCAUGUGUCACAUGUUGCAUCAUUUAUUCUGUACUUGUUUCCAUCAAGCUGGAAAUGUUGACGAAAUGUCUACAAUUGUGAAUUUAACCAGAGAUUAUCAAUAUGCUGAGGAAUUAUUGUUAAAUUCCGGGCGAUACAACAUGAGAGAUGAUUUCACAGUUGUGUUACAACCAUUUAUGAAACUUUUCAAUGCUCCGGAUGACCCUAUCAGGCGAUUUAGUGAAGUGAUCGACAUCUCAUACAUCACACAUGAUUGUUUUCACUUUUCAAAAGGCCAUGCAUUAGCAGCGAAUAUGUUAUGGAAUAAUUUGCUGGAACCAAUUGGCAGGAAAACUACAACCAAAUUGAGCGGCAUUUUAGACGAAUUUAAGUGUCCUACAAGUUCCAAUCCGUAUUUUUUCACGUGGAAAAAUAGCAAAACUUUUCUAGAGACUGGCAGCCAAUUGAAAACAUAACAAAUAAUUUAAUGACUAUCGAGUUGAUUCUUGACAA